GUUGGUUUUGCUAUAAAUAGCUAGCAUCUUUUGGCACAAUUCACAAGCUCCUCAGAAAUGUCUCUCCUACAUCUAAUCUAAUCUUAAUCUAAUCAGUUGGCGUCCAGUCUUCUUUUGCGCCCCCGGAAUGAGUGCAAGAGAGGAACUUGCUGGGGUUCUUGUUUUUGACUCAUCAGUCUUGCAGAAACAGCCAAACUUGCCAACUGAGUUCAUUUGGCAACAUGGUGAUUUAGUCAGCGACCAGCAGGACGAGCUUAAUGAACCUUUGAUAGAUUUGAACGGGUUCUUGAAAGGAGAUGAGGUGGAAACUGCCCAUGCAGCUCAGCUUAUCGGGGCUGCUUGCUUAAACCAUGGCUUCUUUCAGGUCACCAACCAUGGAGUUGAUGCUUCCCUUAUUCGAGCUGCGCAUCAAGAAAUUGGUACAAUCUUUAAACUCCCUCUAGAUAAGAAGCUCAGUGUUCGGAGGCAACCCGGCGGUGUAUCUGGUUAUUCCUGUGCUCAUGCCGAUCGGUUUUCCUCUAAGUUGCCUUGGAAGGAGACAUUCUCAUUUGGGUACCAUGGAAAUGACUCUCACCCAAUUGUUGUUGAUUAUUUCAAACAUUUCUUGGGGGAAGAUUUUCAACCAACGGGGUGGGUUUACCAAAGAUACUGCGAAGAGAUGAGGAGAUUAUCUCUACAAAUAUUCGAGCUACUGGCUGUUAGCUUGGGAGUGGAUCGUUUUCAUUACAGGAGAUUUUUUGAAGAUGGAAGCUCAAUAAUGAGGUGUAACAACUAUCCACCUUGCAAUAAUUCAGGGCUAACCCUUGGAACUGGUCCUCAUUGUGACCCAACAUCCUUAACAAUUCUUCACCAAGACGAAGUUGGUGGUCUUCAAGUCUUUGCUAAUAACAAAUGGCAAGCAAUCCGACCUCGCCCUGAUGCCUUUGUCAUUAACGUUGGUGAUACCUUCAUGGCAUUAUCCAAUGGGAAAUGCAAAAGUUGCAUGCAUAGAGCAGUGGUGAACAGAGAGAGAGAAAGAAGAUCACUGGUUUUCUUUGUGUGUCCAAAAGAGGACAAAGUGGUGAGACCCCCACAAGAUCUUGUUUGCAGAGAAGGGCCAAGAAAGUACCCAGAUUUCACAUGGUCUGACUUAUUGGAGUUUACACAAAACUACUACAGAGCUGAUGUUGCUACCCUCCAAAGCUUCAUCCAAUGGCUUCUAUCUUCUAAAACCAUCUAACUUCUAGGGUUUUGUUUGCUUGAGAGUAAGCAGACUAAAGAAGUUGAAUUAUCAAAAAAAAAAUGUAAAGAAGAGUUUUAUUUAAUUUGUAUUAUAUCCUUUUAGGAAGUAAUUUUUUUUUUUUUUUUUGUAACAGAAGUAAUUUACUUAGAUGAAAUCUGGUAAAUUACACUUUUUUUAAUUAAAUGUAAUAUAAUUUAUCAA